AUGGGUGCUGCUGUGCCUCCUAUUCAGAGCAAGGCAUCUCUGCCACAAACUUGGCAUAUUCCACAUGGGACAGAGGCAGCCAUGAAACUUGGCAUCGAACAUGAGCCAGAAGCUGCCAAGCUGUACUCAGAUGUAACAGGGAACAAUGUGUAUUUAUGUGGUUUUGUUGUAAAUCCCUCUGCCCCUCAUCUUGGAACAUCUCCUGACCGCAAAGUCUUUGACCCAAAUACCACGCCUCCCUUUGGGUUGUUAGAAAUUAAAUAUCCAGACAAAGAAAACUUAGGUGAAUGUGCGUAAUUAAGAAGAGCCAAUAAUGGAACUUACAGAUUGAAAACUAGUCACCAGUAUUACUUCCAAAUGAUGGGACAAGUGGCAUUGACUGCCAUACAGUGGUGUGAUUUUUUGGAAUCUGAUGAUAUGCGCGUAUCAGGUCGAUCGUUGAGCAAAUGGCGCAGCUAUGAAGAUGUGGUGACAAAUCUGGAAGAGGAGGAAUGGGGUAGCAAUCCAGCACAGUGGAACUGUUUAGUUCCUAGUAGUCUCUACAUAGUCGCCAGUCACUGGGCUGUUUCUCAGGGACCAUGUGAAGUGGGGAUGACCAGUUGCUGCUUGAGAGGCAAAUAA